CCCGUGACUUGUGCUCCUUUCCCCUUUUUUCCAAUCUAGCGCGGCGGCGGCGAACCCUAGCGGCAGCGGCGGCUUAGGGCUAUGGAUGGGGGCGUUGUUGCGGAUGGAGACAACGCCAGGGAAGACAACCAGGGCGUAGCGGACGGGUCAGGCCUUGGCGCCCCUAUGGAUCCAGCGAUGGUGGCCAAUGGCGAGGGCGGGGUUGCGUCUGAGGAGGGGUCGGUUGAGGGUGCGGCUGAGGGUGCCGACGGGAUAGCUUCCGCAGGUGGCGGUGUCUCGACUGCAGCGGGCUUGGGUCAAGGUGCAACAGUGGCUGGGGGCUCUGUCGCCGGCGUGGCUAAAGACUCCGGCCAGGGCACUGCUAGGCCGGCCUCGGCAAGUGCUCCAGACCAGGGCACGGCCCGUUUGGCCUCGGCUACAUGGUUGUGUCCAGAUAGGAUGGAUCCAAAUUCAAGUUAUUUGCUUAGAAUUAAAUUGUUUGGCAAUCCAAAAAAAGCUCGGAAGGACAUACGGUGUUUUUAUUUUGAGAAGGUCAUCAAUUGUGACUUGACAAAUUAUAAGGAUUUGGUUGGAUCAAUUGUAAAGCAGUACCCGCCGCGUUAUAUGGAAGUUGCACAUGUGCAAUAUUAUGACGGUGAUCUUAAAACCUGUCCGGAAGUAAAAUCUGACCAAGAUUUGAUGCUUAUGUUUGAAAAACACUCGGAGACAAAGGUGCUGCAUAUGAUCAUUGCAUAUUCUGAUCCCUCUGAACCAUAUGAGCCUAUCACUGAGUGGCAUAGUGAUAGCGAACCUGACAACAAUAUAGAACAUGAGGAUGAUACUACAAACAAGAGAAAUGCAAAAGGGGGAAAAAGGGCUACAAGGAAGAUGGAGCUUACUAAAAAUGAUCAAAAUGGUCCUAAGGUUCCUUUUGACAGCCCUGCAAUGGGCACUAGAAGCAAAACAUCUUACCUAGCCAGCCCUGCAAUGAGCACAAGAAGCAAAAGAAGGCUCGGUUCGUGAACUUCAUCUAAUUUCUGUCACUUAAAGUCACUUUUGUUGCUGCUCAUGUCAUGUUGUGUGGACUUGGACUCGUGUAUGUGAACCUAAAGUCACUUUUGUUACUGCUCAUGUCAUGUUGUGUGGACUUGGACUUGUGUAUGUGAACCUAAAGUCACUUUUGUGUUACUCAUGGCAUGCAUAUAUUAUGGACUUGAACUAUGUAUGUGAACCUAGAUAUGAUGUGAGACACUUUUGGACUGCUAAUAUGAUGUAUGUGCGGACUUGAACUCAUAUAUGUGAACCUGGAUUUGUUGCAA